GGCCGAGGGGCGUGGCCCGACGAGAAGCUUGAGUCAGGGUUGUGGAGGAGGAUGAGAAAUGCUCUAGGGUUGGUCCGCUGCAGCGCCUCCCCUGCCCGGGACCGCCCUUGCUCCAAGGAUACAACAGGUCGGUGCCAGAGACUAGGGCCAGUUGAUCCGGAGAGCCUCGCAAGUGAAGGAGUGUGGAGCCAGGUGCUGCGCCCUUUAUGUCUGAGGACUCUGGCGGCUUGUCCAACAGCGACGAGGACGAGCCGCCGGAUGAGAUAGGUGACAACCGGCCCGCGUACAUCAACGGGGACGACGAAGAGCUGCAGGAGGUGAUAGGUGAGAACCUGCCAGAGGCCAUCAACCGGAACAACGAAGAGCAGCAUUUGGUAGGAGGUAAAAAGCUCCAAGAAAAAUGUCUCAGAAUCGUCUCCCCCAUCUCUCCUGCUAGGCUUCACUGCUGCUAUGCAGUGAUCAUCGUCCUCACUGGAGCUGUAAUUGCACUUUCUGUGGCUCUGUCAUUGUCAGGAAAGACAGAACAGGUCUCAAGCACGAAUACCUAUGCUGUUUGCCCAAGAAACUGGAUUGGAUUUGGAAAUAAAUGUUUUUAUUUUUCUGAAGACACGAAUAACCAGACAGCCAGUGAUAACUACUGCAUGGCAAGAGGGGCCCAACUAGCUAAAUUUGACAGCCAAGAGGAGCUGAAUUUCCUGAAUAGAUACAAGGGAGAUUCUGACCACUGGAUCGGCCUGCACAGAGAGUCAUCAGAGCACCCUUGGAUAUGGACAGAUAACACUGAAUAUAACAACUGGUUUCCCAUCCGAGGAGAAGAAAACUAUGCCUACAUGAGUGACAAUAAAAUCAGCAGUGCCAGGAACUACACGCAUAAGAAGUGCAUUUGUAGCAAGCCCUACAGCUAUAUUUGGCCAUGUCCAGUAGUUUCACAACUUGUGUAAUAUGCCAGAGACCAACUUUGACAAAAAUACCACUGACCAUGGUAUGAACUUGGGGAUUAGAAGUGUUAGUAAAGUAUACAAAGAUGUGAGUAAAAAUAAUAAAACAGGAAACAUAGGAAAGUAC